UCGAGUGUAGAGGCUGUCGAAUUCCAGUUCCGUCGUUUGGAAAAAGCGGUUGUGUUUUGAGUUGAAAUGACCAAGGUUGAUUCUUGCUGCUCCCUUCCCUAGUGUGUGUCACGCUUUGAUCGGUGAUUUGUGCUUUGUGGUACCUCUUUUGGGUCGGUUCACACAGCCCGCCAAAGGCCUGAUACCUGGCCAGCCUCCAAAGUUGCCGCCGCCAGUCGUAUUGAUGAAUGUACAAACCGAAAAGUGAACGCAAGUAGUAGGAAUUAAAAGAUAGAGAGAGAGGAAGCAUUAUCUCGUCUUCUUCCUCCUGCGUUCGGCAUUUUAUUUGAAUGUUGAGAAAUCAAAGCGAGUGCCGUGCAAAAGCGAAUGAAAAAUGAAGGAAUCAAAUCAAAAUAAUAACAUGUUGAUUUGAAGCGCUAUAAAAGUUUAACAGAAGGAGAACAGUGUAUAAGAGAAUAUGUUUAACCGAAUCGAAGCGCUAGUAGCUAAGGGGUGAAUCCAAAUGAAUAGAGUUUACAGUGCACAUGCUGUGAAUGGAAGUGGAGCAUCAUCGGCUAUCAAUUCGCGCGCGCCUUUUCCAACUGAUGAAUAGAAUCGUUGCCGAAAUCAAUCGAAACGUUGUAGCCGCCGCUAUUGGCCACCUUUGUUGAAGCCGCCGACGCCGCCGCUUCUGCCUUAUGUUGUCCAAAGCAUUAUAGUGUUGACUUCAUUGAUCCCGACAAUUUUUUGCCAAAACUGCAUCUGGGGAAAUGUGAUGCCGAUUCAUUGGAACUGGUUCGUGAAGUCCCACAAGCGUGUGUCAGAAGAAACGUUGAAGGAAGAAAACAAGGAGUGUGUGAUGUGAAAAGUCACUUAAGAACGUGUGCAAAAUGAAUAAAUCGAAUUAAGCAAAAUGCAUACAAUUAAUUACGGGGUAUAAAGCGUCGCUAGUAAUUGUGCGAGGGAAUACCGUUGAACCCAUGAAUCUUGACACCGACUGGAGUGCGAGAGCAUAGUAAUAUCCCAAGUUUGCCACAUUCAUCGUCUCCGGAAGGUGUGCUUUUGGUUUGUGAUGCAGCCUGCAACAUCUGGUCUCAUGCAUCAGGCGGAGGGCUUUUAGGUUGUAUCCCGUUCGCCGCGAUGUCUGAACCGACUACAUCGAGACACUGCCUCUUUACGCCUCGCGCUUAAAUGAAAGAUCGCCAAGAUACGAGUGCCACAGCCGUAUUUUGUCUGCUUAAAGUACGACCUCCAAUGCAAAGCAAAGUUUCCUUUCGGUUCGCUUGCAAUGCUUUUUUCUACUGAUCCUAUUAAUUCCACCGUCUUGGCUAAGUGCUUUUAAUGAUCAGUGCGGGAUUUGCCGGGAUAAAGAAUAAGAUCACGAAAUAAUGAAUUGAAAGAAAUUAUCCACAUUUCAAUCAACUCCAUGUGCACGUUUUAAGAAUGGUUGCGAAACAGUGCAAGAGUGAAACACUGAGAGUACAUUCCAAAUUAUAAUAAUAAUGUUUCCAUAAAUGUUCAGCGGCAUAACACCUCUACGUGGAUAAUUUCUUUGUUACAGUUUUAAGAGUGUUGAACGCCAAGAAAAGUGAAAACCGGCAAUCAAAGUAAAUCAUUCGAAAAUGGCCUCCAAAAACACGCAACCGAAUCUGUGGAUUAUUCUCGUUCUUGUGGUAACACUUACUUGUGCUGACUUUGGCUACGGGCAUAAUUAUGGGCAAGGUGUGCCGACAUGGAUAUCUCUCGGACUGAAGUCACCUUUCAUCCAAUUCCGGUCAGAGUUCGAAGUGCUUUCCAAUAACAGCAUUUCGUUGAACCUUACGGAAAUACGACAUAAGCUGAAAAGUGUGCAGAACUGGGACCACUUUAUCCGUCCUGUCGAAAAUGGGCGAAAGGAUGACGGCAAAAAGCAGCUUCUUACCGGCCUGUCAGCAUCAGCAGGUGUGGUCAACACAUUCUCUAGCAACAUGACCAUUACAUUCCUGACCACAACGCCCCCGUCGUUUGUGAAUCAUUUCGAAAUAACGACCGAAAAUAGCCUUACGAAUGACGUGGAGAUGGAUAAAAAAGCCUUUAGCGAACAUAUGAUAUCAGAUGAUAGUAGUAAGAAGGACCGAAAGUACAUCAUACCGUUAGCCCUAAAGACAUCUUCAAACGAAAAGGAAAAAACGUCGACCAUAUUUCAUGGAUCGUCGACCAACAUUGACGACCUAAAGCGGCACAUUUUGAUGCUGCAGAAUUUGACCCAAUCCGAUAAAAGUUUUCAGAGUAAGUUUGUGGUUUUUCCUUCUUUGUCGAAAAAUGGAAGUGAACCAGUCAGUACAACAAUGCCAAGUACGACAACUACAACCACCAAAAUGACGCCUCCAUCCACAACAACCACCUACAGACCGCCAUACCAUCAGAUGCCAGUGCUACAAAUUAGAGAAGAUCAAAACUCACCCAAAGUUCUACCCGAAAAGUUCACACGACUGAGGCCGACAAUCAACAUGCCACGGCAAAUUUUGCCGAAUUCCCAUGAUAUACUGUCCGAUAAUAAAGACGACAUGUUCAAAAUGGAAAAAAUUACAAUAGUUCCACAGGUCUUUUUACAAAACGACCAAACCCCGGAUUCCGUACCAGAUGAGGAGAAUAAUAACAAUAAUUACGGCCACAAUAACGAAAGGAAGAAAGAGAUCAAAGGGAAUGACGGAGAGAGUAUCAAGAAUAAAAAACCAUUGCCGGCCAUUUAUCGUGGCAAAGAAGGUUCAGGAGAAGAGAUAAGUAAUAAAUCUCCACUGUCGGUCGGAAUACCGCCUGGCCGGAGAAACGGGCGGAACAGAACAUCGUCAAUGGUGACGGCGGCAUCGGCGUCUAGCACGCUACAAACGGCGAUUGCCGCCGAAGAGGCUGAAUUUGAUAGUACUCCAACACGUGGCGGCAGCGGCUCCAGCACUGCGAAAAUCCGAGGAAAUGGUAAGAAACGGAAUCGAAAAAAUAAAAAACCAACUGAGAAACCAAUUAAGUCCAUUCCGGUUCAAGCCUUUGACGGUUUGUCGAGCCAAAGUUCAAGCACAAACAAGACCAAAGCCGGUAGAAAAGGUGCUAAACGGCUACAAAGACUACAGCAAAAAGCAUUUAUGUUGCAGCAAUUAACAUCCAGUUCAUCGACUGUUAUACCCCCACCAUCGUCAUCGGCGUCGUUCACUUCCUACGAUGCGUCCAGCAGUGGGGGCAUGAACGGAAUGAAUAGGAAACUAUCGCGCUUCCGCCGGGCACCACAGUACAGGUCACUCAGCUCAGAGUUUAAUUUUCCCAAAGAUAGCACAAUAGUUCCGAUCUAUGGAUCGCUUAACGGUUCCAGCGUAAGUGCCAUCGGUAAUAGUUUAAGCAUCAGGAAUGGUACGGCUUUUGCGAUUGACGGCACCAAUAAUGGAGGCAAUCACAGUGAAAAAGAUAUAAUCAACUUGGACCCGGAUCUGUGCUACAAAGUCACUGGACUUAGCGGCGGACAACAGAAGUUGUGUGCGCAGCAUGUUAGUGUGAUGCCAGCAAUAAGCCGGGGGGCUCGGGCAGCUAUCCAGGAGUGCAAACAUCAGUUCCGACAUCGCCGUUGGAACUGUAGUACGAUAGAAGAUUACACCGUUUUUGGACCAGUUUCAAAUAUAGGUUUGUAG